GCCUUUCUAAAUUUUCUGCUGCUUUUGCGAGUUGCCUAGCAACGAAUUGCUCGGAAACUGUGAUUCCAGCAGGUUGCUAGGCAAUUAGCUUAUGUGAGUUGUGUAAUGAUAAAUUUUUGAAUACCAUAGCAAUCCUACCCGGCGCCUUAUGAGCUGAAUCUGAAUCAAUGUUUGAAUUUGUUCUCAUGGGACCGUGAAUAUUUUGCCGUUUCUGUUGUUUCCGUGUAUUGUCGCAAGUUGUGCAUCACUCAGUGUAGCUGAUUCCUCAACUAGAUAAAUUGUUCAUUAAAAUCAUCGAAAAUGUCAUAUGAUAGUGCUAUCACGGUAUUCUCACCUGAUGGUCAUCUCUUUCAAGUGGAAUAUGCCCAGGAGGCCGUCAAAAAAGGGUCAACAGCGGUUGGUGUGAGGGGCAAGGACGUGGUUGUCCUUGGAGUGGAGAAGAAAUCAGUGGCCAAGCUGCAGGAGGACAGAACUGUCAGGAAAAUCUGCCUCAUUGAUGACCAUGUGGUCAUGGCAUUUGCAGGUCUGACGGCCGACGCGCGCAUCCUCAUCAGUCGGGCGCGGCUCGAGUGCCAGUCGCACCGUCUGACCGUCGAGGACCCGGUCACCCUCGAGUACAUCACGCGCCACGUGGCCACACUCAAACAGAGCUACACCCAGAGUAACGGGCGGCGGCCGUUCGGCAUCUCGUGCCUGAUCGGCGGCUUCGACUACGACGGCACGCCGCACCUCUAUCAGACGGACCCGUCCGGCACCUACCACGAGUGGAAGGCGAACGUGGUCGGCCGGAGCGCCAAGUCUGUGCGCGAGUACCUGGAGAAAAACUACUCGGCGGAGGCGGUGGAGACUGAGAAGGGCGCCGUCAAGCUGUGCGUCUGCGCGCUGCUCGAGGUGGUCCAGUCGGGCGGAAAGAACCUCGAGGUGGUGCUGAUGCGGCGCGGAGAGCCCAUGAAGAUCAUGGACGUAUCCGAGAUCGAGGAGUACGUCACGGCCAUCGAGAAGGAGAAGGAAGAGGAGGCCGAGAAGAAGAAGCAGAAGUAGACCGCACGCGCCACACUCACCGAGCAGGGCUCCUCUCAUCUGAAAACUCGCUGUCCACGCUGAUUCGAAUAAACGCUGAUGUUCAAUCGUCAGGAUGUGUA